AAAGGUCCAUCGAAUGAACGGUUUGGCUUAUGAAAAGGACACUCGCUGUGAGAUUCUCCAAAAGUCACUUAAGCUUCGGCAACCAGCAGAAGGACUUUCUCUGAUGAUGUCGUCGUGCGCGCUAAACAACGGGACAGAUGGCACCUCAUACUCGUUCGUUCCUGAACCAGAGGGCUUACGAAUUAUUCGUACCGUAAUUUUUAGCUUGUUAAUGGCGCUUUCACUGGUUGGAAACUUUGUCGUGUGUCGCGCAGUGUGGAGACAGCGCGGAGCUAAACCGUUCGCUCAUUACCUUGUCAGCAAUUUGGCUUUUGCCGAAAUUCUCGGCUCAGUUUGCGUGGUGUUUCGAGUCCAUGCCGAUGAACCGCCGUGGUCUUGGAAACUUGGUCCUGUUAUGUGCAAGAUCGUGGAUCCUUUGCAAAUAGCAAGUCUUCUAGUCGUCACAACAACCUUGGCGAUUCUUGCUGUCUAUCGUUGUCUCGUCCUCGUCAAGCCGCUCAUUACCAAACCGACCAGCCGACAAGUUCGUUGUCUGAUUAUUAUCACCUGGGUGGGAUCCAUUACGCUAUCGAUUCCUUCAUCGGUUUUUCGUGUUGUGAAAGUGUACAGGAUAAAAUGUGUGGACUAUCACAUCUGCGAAGAAAUAUUUCCAGCAAGUUAUUUCCAUUACCAAAAUACUUAUUCCAUUUUCAUCUUUGUUAUCAACUUUGUAGUGCCACUUUUGAUAAUGGCGGUGUCAUACACUUUAGUCAGCAAGAAGAUAAGGGAACAUAUCUUUGUUAUUACCAGGCUCCGAAACGCGCAAAGUAAAGCUAUGUCGGCAGCUUGUCCGUCCACUUGCUUAGGAGAUAUGGAUGCAGCUGGAACUAACGCUAGAACUAGGGCAGAAGAAGACCAGGAAAAUAUCGAGGUAGCUGACAUGGCAACAAACAGCAGGAUAAACACGGACUCUCCGUACAGAAACAUGGGAAAGAAUAACAAGGAAACUGAGAACCCCCUGAUGCCAAACAGCAACGAAUCCUCGAGAAAAAACAAAGCCAGCUUUGACCUGGAGAGCGACAUACUAAAGAUGGUUUUUGCGAUCGUGCUGAUAUUUGUAGUUUGCUAUAUUCCUUAUCAAAUUCAGUUCCUAUUGUUUGAGUUUAACGUGGAGUCGUUCACACAAUGGACCCAUCGCUACGCUUUUUCCAGGUUUGCUUUUACUUUAACAAACUUACCAAAUGCCCUGCAUCCUGUUUUCUACGGAAUGAUGAGUAAUUUCUACCGCAGAGCGUUCAUUAGAAUGAUUUCGUGUCGAACGGCAGAAUAAUCAUUUUAAGUCGCUCAAAAUCUAUUCGUUUUGACCCAAAAUUGAUGCGUCCAACCAACUCUGCUUUCGAAAUGAAUUGUAUGCGUAAAAUAAAAUAGAAAACUAAACGACAAAGAAAGAAACAAAAUAAUAAUGAUUUUUACUGAAUUGCAAUUCAAAGGGGAUCAAAGAGGGUGAUCAUUAAGAUAAAAUGAAUCAAAUUAGUCUAAGAUUGAAUGGUGCAGUCUUUAAGGAUUUCCAACCAAGCGACGAUCACUAUCGAUUUAAAUGAAGAUGAAAACGGUCGAUUAUUGGAGAGGUUAGCACGACGUUGGUGGCAAAUGACGUCAAUGAAAAGUUGCCAUCUGUCUUCAGCCGUUUCAAUUAUACUUUAAAACAUUUGUAUUAACCAUCAUCAAAAGAUCUUUUGCCUCAAUUUUCCAGUCUACAUUUGAUAGAAGGUUUGUGAGAAGAGAGUUGGUUUUCACCGUUUGCCGAAUCGCUACAGUCGGUGACGAUUCAUUUUCAAGAUCUUUAAAUAGCUACAGUUGUGAAGAAUUCAAUUAAAUUUGCAAUUUUAGAUAAGGUGUUGCAAGAUAACUGGUUUUAUCAACUGAGUUGAUGAUGUAAAUUAGGCUCAGACAAAAAAAACAAAGCAGUCAAAAUAGCCAAUCAGAAUAUAGGUAAAUAUCGCGAGUAGCCAAUGAGAACUCAAAGUGAAAACACGCAAACUGCCUGAAGGCGGGAAAAGGCGAGUGACCAAUCAAAAUUGGUUUUAGUUUUUCAGCUGAUUGGCCGAGUUUUCCCCAACCAAUCACGGAGCGAUAACUCGAUAAGCUGGAAACCACCCCGCUUCGCGUCGUGGUUUCCUACGCUUAUCUCGUGUUCUCCCAACCUCCCGCGUGUUUACAUCAGGCUAUGUAAACACGGAAACCAUUUUACAUUUCUUCGAUUUCAACGAACAUGUGCAGCAAUAUAAUCUGUAUAUCUAAGCUUAGUUAAACCAAUGCUAUCUUUGGACGUUAGUUUACUGUGUAUAGUAAACACGUUAUGCAGUUAUGCACUCUAGCAAAGAAGAUUAAAAAAAUA